GGCGGGCUGUGUGGAGAGAUUUGUCUCGCGUGUGUUUGUGUGUGCGCGCACACGUUUGGUGAACGAGUGCAGCUCAGCAGGACGCGCGACGACGUGGAUUUGUGAAGCUGCUUUCCUUUUUAUUUCCUCCUCCUUGUUUUUGUUUUCUUUUGCAGCCUUGCCCGCGAUGGAUUAUUGCGUGUGCGUACUUUUGCUGCUCUCCGGCGUGUCCUGCGUGUCUACCGGUCAGUUCCCCAACGAGCACAUGAUUAAAGAAUGGGUGGAUCAAAUGCAAAAGGACUUGAUCACGCUCGCGGACAAGGCCAGCGGCUUGCAAAGUCUCACUCAGAUCUACCAGAAACAUAAGACACACUUCAGCGUGGAGACCAACCGCGUGGAGGAGCUGGUGUCCACGGCUGCUGGGAACAUCGAGAGAUUACUGGAAAGCCGCUCCAAAGCCCUCAAGAGGCUGGCAACGGAGGCGGAAACGUUCCAAAUGUAUCACGAAUGGCAAGUCAACAGUGAGCCCGACAAAAUCGUCUACUACAACGCCAAAGACGACCUCAAUCAGACGGAGAAGAAGAACCGUUACGUUCCCGAGGACUUCCACGUGGACCCCGACUUCCAGCGUCUGGUCUCGUACAACACCACGGCCGUCCACAUCCCCACCGACAUAUACGAGGGCUCCACCAUCAUUUUGAAUGAGCUCAACUGGACAGAGGCCUUGGAGGACGUUUUCCGGAAAAACAAAGAAGAAGACCCCACGCUCCUCUGGCAGGUGUUUGGUUCCGCCACCGGGUUGGCUCGUUAUUUUCCAGCUUCUCCCUGGAUCGACUCCAGCAAAUCGGCCAAUAAAAUCGACCUCUACGACGUACGCAGGCGGCCAUGGUACAUCCAGGGGGCGGCGUCGCCCAAGGACAUGCUGAUCCUGGUGGAUGCGAGCGGCAGCGUGUCGGGCCUGACCCUGAAGCUGAUCCGAACGUCCGUCAGCAAGAUGCUGGAGACGUUGGCGGACGACGAUUACGUCAACGUCGUCUAUUUCAACGACAAAGCCACGCACGCCGCCUGCUUUGAGAACCUGGUGCAGGCCAACGUGCGCAACAAGCGCAUCCUCAAGGACGCCGUGCAGGGCAUCACCGCCAAAGGGACUACCAACUACAGGCGCGGAUUUGAGCUGGCCUUCAAACAGCUCGCCCAGAUGAACGUGUCCCGGGCCAACUGCAACAAGAUCAUCAUGCUUUUCACUGAUGGAGGCGAGGAGCGCGCCGAGGAGAUUUUCAAGACGUACAACCCCAAACAAGCCGUGCGCAUCUUCACAUUCUCAGUGGGUCAACACAACUACGACAAAGGGCCCAUUCAGUGGAUGGCGUGCACUAACAAAGGUUACUACUACGAGAUUCCGUCCAUUGGGGCCAUCCGGUUAAACACUCAGGAGUAUCUGGAUGUUUUGGGCAGGCCCAUGGUCAAAGCGGACCGCAAGGCCAAGCAGGUCCAGUGGACCAACGUGUACCAGGAUGCACUGGAGCUGGGACUCGUCAUCACAGGAACCCUACCUGUUUUCAACAAGACCAACACGGGAUCCAAAAAAUCUCAGAACCAGCUCAUCUUGGGCGUCAUGGCCAUCGACGUCUCUCUGGAGGACAUCAAGAGGCUCACGCCACGCUUCACUUUUGGACCAAACGGCUACUACUUUGCCAUCGACCCCAAUGGCUACGUGCUGCUCCACCCCAACCUCCAGCCACCAACGGAGGAGUUCCACGAGCCUGUGACAUUGGACUUUCUGGAUGCCGAGCUGGAGAAUGAUAUCAAAGUGGAGAUCAGGCGGAAGAUGAUUGAUGGCCUCACAGGGACUUACCCCAUAUCUGCUCUGGUCAAAUCAAAAGAUGAGCGCUACAUUGAUACGGGCCGGAGGACCUACACCUUUGCGCCAGUGAAGGGCACAGACUACAGUCUGGCGUUGGUGCUGCCCGACUACAGCUCGUAUUACAUCAGGGCCACCAUCGGCGAUACCAUCACCCAAGCAAAAUUUUCCGAGAGCCUGCUGGCGGACAAGUUUGAUGAAUACAGCUACACGUUCAUCGCGCCAAGGGUGUACUGCAAGGACCUGAAGCCGCCCGACAAGGACAAAAGCAACACGGAGUUCCUCAUGGAGUUCAACAACUACAUCGACACCAAGACGCCAAACAACCCGAUGUGUAAUGUGGAGCUGGUGAACCGAUUACUCUUGGAUGCUGGCAUCACUUCAGAUCUCAUCAAGAUCUGGAAGGAGAAUAAGUUGCAGCCCGGAGUCACUGCCAGAUUUGUUGCCACUGAUGGAGGGAUUACCCGAGUCUACCCAAAAAGCGCGGGCCUGAAUUGGAGGGAAGAGGCGGAGACGUAUGAGUCGAGCUUCUACAAGCGAAGUUUGGACAAUGACCUGUACAUCUUUACGCCAACGCCGUACCUCAAAGACAACACGAGCGACGACUCGGUCCUCGUGAGCAGAGCUCUCAACCUCAAGAUCGACAACAAGCUCCUCAAGCCGGCGGUCGUUGGCGUCAAGUUGGACGUCAGCGCCUGGAUGGCGAGCUUCAUCAACACCACGCUGAGGACCAACUGCACAGAUGAAAUCUGCGGCUGCCAACGGAACCAUAUGUACGUGGACUGCGUCAUUCUGGACGACGGUGGCUUCUUGGUCAUGUCCAAUCGGGAUGAAUACGUCAGUCAGAUCGGACGCUUUUUCGGAAUGAUCGACCCCAUCCUGAUGGUCACCCUGGUCAACUCGUCGCUCUUCACCUCCAAGAAGUCCUACGACUACCAGUCGCUCUGCGAUCCCGUCAAGGAGACCAAGGCGGCGGCGGGCCUGCGAUCCGUUUAUGUGCCGUCCAUCGUGGAUAUUUUGAACGUAGGCUGGUGGGCCACGACUGCAGCCUGGUCGAUCCUGCACCAGUUGCUGGUCAGCGUCACAUUCCCGAAUUUCCUCCACGCAGCCGACAUGGAGGAGGACAUGUCCGACAUCGUGCAUCAAGAGGUGUGCAUCACAGAGCAAACGCAGUACUACUUUGAGACGGGCGACCUUUCCUUCAAAGGAACGGUCGACUGCGGAAAUUGCUCCAGACUGUACCACGCCGAGAAGCUUCCCAACACGAACCUGGUUUUCAUCAUUGCCGACGCCAAGCUCACCUGCUCGUCCUGCGACACCAAGGCGCUCGUGCAGGAUGAACAGCCGUCAAACGGCCCUGAUCCCUGCGAGCUAGCUCAGAAUCCUCGCUACAGGAAAGGACCUGCGGUGUGCUUCGAUAACAACGAACACGACGAGGCCCUGUGCCGACGUAGCGCCGGCUCCCCCUCAGUGUCCUCGCUGCUCGUGUUACUGCCGCCACUGUUCGUGUGCUUCGCCGGGAGGAGGACCCUGAUUGUGGCGGGGCGUCCGGCUUGAGUCCAUCACUGUGGCUCACCUUGGCCCUUCAGUUGGUAUUUCUCUGGGUACUGUGCGGUUCCGGACUUCGCACCGUCCCGUCAUGACCUGUCCCUUUGCCCCACCAUCAUUUCUCUACCAGCAUGCCUCCGGAAUGACAAACGAGAAGAGCGUCAACAUUUUUAACCGAAGAGCCCUCGGAUCGUCCCUACCCAAAGAGGACUUUAUUUGGUGGCAUCAUUGUUUUCCUGAAGUGGGGGCUGCCUUAUCGGACUUUAAUUCAAAACUGCCAGAAGGCGAGCAAGGAGUUUGUUUUCAAUCCAGUGCAAGGAAGGAAAAAAAAAAAAGCGUCACCACAAACUUUUGCUCCCGGUACGCCUCCGCCGGGGUGCAGAUAACAUUUUUUUUUUUUUGGUCUGGAUUCUUCCUCGUUCCUGCCACUGUCUCUGGAACUUUGUUUACUUUGUGCUCUUCGUCCAAACCGAAUCCUCAGCCUCCUCCUGUCUGGAAUUCUUGGAUCGAAAACUGCCAUGCGUGCGCGUCAACCAAUCAGUACGACCCAGACUGAAAACUCUCGAGUGCCAUGUAUGUGAUUCCGAUGCUAGCUUGUUUAUUGGACUAUUUAUUGGAGGUUGGAGACUACUAUAUCUGCACUUUGUGCAUACGGCUACUGAAGUCCACGUUACCAUCCUUUCUUUGCCUACAACUUUGCGGGACUGACAACAAAUUGGAUGCAAACGGAGCUUUUUAUUUAUUGUGGUCGUUCUGCGCUCAAGGUCCGAUUUUGGAAAGUGUUAAGCUGUGUUACAAAGUCAACAUUUGGUGGUUUUAUGGUCCCCUGCGCCCUAAAACCAAUGAUUUGAGAUAUAAAGCCUCAAAAUGUGUUGUGACACCUUCACACUUGUCUGUUUUUUUUUCUUUCCCUUUUUCUUCUGCUUCAAAGUCGAGAAACGCCACCGUCACUCUUGCAAUGGUCGCACUUUAUAAUUCAGCCAAAAAAAAUCGCGCUCUUAGUGGAACUCACAACGUGGUUGUCAUUUACUAACAAGGGGAGGAAAAACACAAAACAAAAAAAAAAACAA